AUGGGCCGUCGGCUCAUCCGUGGCCUUUCUGGAGCUGCUGUCUUCCUUGCCAGCGUGGCUGUCCUCUCCGUGCGGCACCGUGGGGCUCAGGAAAUGGCUAGGUACCCAGGGCCCGGGGAGCGGGGAGGGGGCAAGCCAGAGAGGCAAAGCAAAGUGGGCCCAGAGGGUGCCCCGGGAGGCGGUGGCAGGGGUCAGAAGGAUCUGCAAGUUCAUCCUCUGGAGGGGUACCGGGCUGAGGGAAGCCUGACCCUUGCGGACAUUUUCAUUGCUGUGAAGACAACCAAGAGAUUUCACCGGAGCAGGAUGGAGCUGCUCCUGGACACGUGGAUAUCCCGAGCAACAGAGCAGACCUACGUCUUCACCGAUGAAGAAGACGAUGCCCUGAAAAGGAGAAUGGGCAACCAUGUGGUCUUCACCAACUGCUCUGCAGAACACAGCCACCUGGCCCUCUCCUGCAAGAUGGCUGCUGAGUUUGAUGCCUUCUGGGCCAGUGGCCGGAGCUGGUUUUGCCAUUUGGAUGACGACAACUACCUGAACCCUCAGGCCCUCCUGAAGCUCUUGUCAUCCUAUUCUGCGACGUGGGACAUUUACCUGGGGAAACCCAGCCUGAACCGACCCAUCCGGGCCUCUGAAACGCUGCCAAACAACCAGACGAAAUCUGUGAGCUUCUGGUUUGCCACAGGAGGGGCUGGGUUCUGCAUCAGCCACAAGCUGGCAAGCAAGAUGGUGCCAUGGGCCAGUGGUAGGAACUUCCUGAGCACUUCAGAGCUCAUCCGCCUGCCAGAUGACUGCACCGUGGGUUACAUCAUUGAGUGCAAAGUUGGUGGGAAGCUGCUGCCCAACAUGCUCUUCCAUUCCCACCUGGAGAACCUGCAGCUCAUCCCCCCCUCUCGGCUCACUCAGCAGGUCACCCUCAGCUAUGGUGUCUUUGAGAACAAGCUCAAUGUUAUUGAACUCAGUGGCCCCUUCUCACCCCAAGAGGACCCCUCAAGGUUUCGAUCGCUCCACUGCCAUCUCUAUCCUGACACCUCCUGGUGCCUGCAGGCUGUUGGCUGGUGA